AUGCGCCAGAAGAAUCCGCCUGCCGUCAUGAGGUUGGAUGCCUCGCUGUCUCCGCCGUUGCGCAGCCACAAGAUCGGCUCUGGUGAUACCGUACAGCUUCAGAAGCCCGUCGGAUCGAUUGGGGCGCCCCCUUCGGGCACUGGCGCUCGCACAAAUACCACUGUCAGCUGUAUGCGGGGAAAUGUCAACGUUCCAACACCAAAGAGUCACACAGUGAAGCGGUUUUCAACUCCAAGGCGCACCGAUAUCCUUGACAAACCCGGCUUUCAUCAUGCCCGGCCGUUGCAACCCCUGUACAUGCCUGUUUACCCCGGCGAUGCCGCAUGGCGGCUGUCUGCCAGCCGAGGUGGGAUGACCCGAAAUGGCAGCCACAUAUCAGCGGAAUCCAAGGAGAUGAGCAUUCGAAAACUGGCUCAACCAUAG